AUGUCAUCAAUAAUACAACACUCUUUGAUCUUAUUGUCCUUGAUCACUUUGUCAUUAGCAUUGGACAUUUCAAGUGAACGUAGUAACAAGGAGGUUAUGAGGAUGUACGAGAAAUGGAUAGUAAAACACCAAAAAGUGUAUAACGAUUUAGGAGAGAAAAACCAAAGAUUUGAAAUAUUUAAGGAUAAUUUAAAAUUCAUUGAUGAGCACAAUGCUGAAAAUCACACUUAUAAAGUUGGAUUGAACAAGUUUGCAGAUAUGAGUGAUGAAGAAUAUCGUAUGUAUUUGGGCACAAAGACUAAUAAUAUUAAAAAUAAGAUGAGCAGUGAACGAUAUGCUUAUAAGGCAGAUGAUAAUGACAUAUUGCCUGAGUCUGUUGAUUGGAGAUGGGCUGUUGGUAGUAUCAAAGAUCAAGGAAAAUGCGGAUCUUGUUGGGCGUUUUCCACAGUAGCAGCAGUGGAAGCGAUUAACAAGAUAGUAAUAGGGAGUUUUAGGAAUUUGUCUGUACAAGAGCUUGUGGAUUGUGAUAGAACAAAAAGUACAGGGUGCAAAGGUGGUUACGUAGACAAGGCCUUCGAAUUCAUUAUUAAAAAUGGUGGCCUUGACUCAGAGGAAGACUAUCCAUACCAAGAACGACAGGGCACAUGUGAUCAAGAAAAAAAAAAUACCAAGGUAUUGAGCAUUGAUGGAUAUGAGAAGGUUCCGAGAUCUAAUGAAAAUGCAUUAAAGAAAGCUGUGGCUCAUCAACCUGUCACCGUUGCUAUUGAGGCUUAUGGAGGGGCUUUCAAACUCUAUGAAUCGGGUGUAUUUACCGGUGAUUGUGGGACAAAAUUAGAUCAUGCUGUGUUGGUUGUUGGAUAUGGUUCUGAAAAUGGUGUUGAUUAUUGGUUGGUGAGGAACUCAUGGGGCACUAACUGGGGUGUAGAUGGUUACUUCAAGAUAGAGCGUAAUUAUAGAUACUCAAGGGCAGGCAAGUGUGGCAUCGCAUUGUUCCCUUCUUUCCCAGUGAAACAUGCUCAAAAAUCUGCAAUUACUAAUACAGCUUAUGAAAAAACUCAAGUGCUUGUUACCAGUGCUUGA